AUGCAAAACCAGAGAAUAAAGCAGAUGCUAUACUAGUUUGGGCUCCAUGUCCAGAUUUAAGAGAUGCUAAAAUUGAUGAGUAUUUACAGAUUGCUAAGGAGAAACAUGGUUACAACAUGGAACAGGCUCUUGGUAUGUUAUUUUGGCAUAAACACAAUGUAGAAAAAGCUUUAGCAGACCUACCCAACUUUACACCAUUUCCUGAUGAAUGGACUGUAGAAGAUAAAGUCCUGUUUGAACAAGCAUUCAGUUUUCAUGGCAAAAGUUUUCACAGAAUCAGACAAAUGUUACCAGAUAAAUCUAUUGCAUCUCUGGUGAAGUAUUACUAUUCCUGGAAGAAAACAAGAUCUAGAACUAGUUUGAUGGACAGACAGGCAAAGAAAUUUACAAUGAAAGGAGAUGGCGACAAGUUAGAUGAUGAUUCUGAGAAUGGCAGCAAGAAUAAUUCAGAUACUGAAGAAAAUAAAGAUGAAGCUAAGGAUGACAACAGUUGUGCUAACUGUGGUGUAAUGUCAUCACAACUUAACCCUACACCAAAAGGAUCAAUGUGCACAUCAUGUUACCAGUAUUGGAGAAGAACAGGUGUAAUGAGAAGUGUUGGAGCAAAGAGACAUGAACAUGGUCAACAUCGACACAACCCAAUGAGACAUAAGCGUAAACCUCCGAGGGGAAUGUAUCUCAGUAAUGAUGAUCUCAAGUCUAUGGUAUCUGGACCACCUGGUCAAGCUGAGGCGAUACUUAAAUCACUUGAUACUGAACUAGUUUCUGCUAAAAGACAGGUACAGAACAACAAACAAAUGAUGGGCUUAUUAAAACAUAAACUAACUGGUGGAUCAGAGAUGUUUAAAUUUAGUGAUACUGGUAACAAAAUUAACUCUAAAUGGACGAAUGAGGAGCUGCUACUGGCUGUACAAGGUGUGAGAAAGUAUGGGAAAGAUUUCAGUGCAAUUGCCGAAGUAAUUGGUACAAAAACAGAGGCCCAUGUACGAAGUUUCUUUGUUAAUUUUCGACGUAGAUACAACCUUGAUGAAGUACUGGCCGAGUAUGAAGCUGAACACGGACUUGAGUCAUCAAAGGCUAAAAUAGACAAUGAUGUUGAAGUGAUGGAGAUAGAUCCUAAGGAUAUAGAACCAGUAAAGACAGCUUCUCCGAUUCCAGCAAGUGCCCCACCCCCUCUCCUCAAACAAGCACAGUCGGAAUCUCCACAAAAAUCACAACAAAGACUUUUACCUCAACAGAACCAGCGAACAAUUUUACAGCAGCCUCCACCUUUGAUCAAACCCAAUACAAACAAGACAACACCAGCUACUUGAUGAACCAAUAAAUGUCGCACCAAACUGUUACCAUGCCAACCCAUAUCUCACACCAUGACAUUUUGCUGCUGAUGAUAGGUGUAUAAAAUAUUUUGUUGUUGUGUUAUUUGUUCGAUUGCUUUCUAUGUAAAAUGAGCCGCGUCAUGACAAAAAAAACAUCCUCGCAGUCUGAUCAGGAUCCAUGCUUUUCGCUUACAAACCCUAUAGCAAGUAGAGAAACUGAUAGAGAACAGCAUGGAUCCUGAUCAGACUGCGCGGAUGCGCAGGCUGGUCUGGAUCCAUGCUGGUCCCAAACGCGUUAUGUUGGUUUUGUCAUGACGUGGUUUAAAUAGCAGAGCUGGGAUUAGGUUCUUUUUAUUUUAGGGAAAGGUACUGUAUGUGCACUGUUACAGGCUACAUUCAGCAUCAAAAUUGGGAGAUUUCAUGUAGCAAUCCAGACAAAAAGUCUUAAAACUGUUUAUGACAUUUUCCUUAAAUAGUGUGUUAAUUGUUCACUGUAUUGGAUAUUGAAUGAGUCAAUUUAUAUGGAAGUUUUUGUGUAAGGUAAAGUUUAUCUUAAAUUGAGAAAAAUUAAAAAAGAGAAUCUAUUUAUUAUAUUGCUUGUUGAAAGUUAUAUUGAAUUUUUUCUUCACUGUGUAUUUUCAACCAUAGAUAAAUGGUUUUUUAUGUUUUUGCAGAUGUAAUAUUACCAUCUAAUAGGUUAACCUAUGUAUAUUUUAUUUCAUACAUUAUUCAUGUUUUGUGUUUAAUAGCUCGACUAUACAGAGAAUGGGGAGAGCUAUUGUACACUCUGUCAUUGUCACACUUUGGUUAAGUUUUUACUUGCCAGUUAAUAUAUCCAAAACUUCUAAAGGCAACGGGUUUAAUCUUCACACCCUUAUUUUAGAGCAUAAUAGGAGGUCACUGUCAAAGGCCCAUAUAACUGUAACAUUGAUUUUGACAUAAUAAAUAUUUGUAUUUGAACUUAGAAAAUUUUACAUUAUUUAGGUUCUUGUUUUACUAUCAAGCACUGAGAAAAGUCGAGCAUGCUGUCCUACAUGUCUUACUUUAUAACAAACUGCAUUACAAGAAUAAAGUGCUUCUUUUACUGUGCCAUUUAGUGAUGAAAUAUUAUCUGAUCAUUUGUUUUUAUAGAAUAACAAGUAUUCCAAAGUUUUAAUUUCAAUUGUAGAUAUGUCUGUUCAUAUUCAGUUUUAUUGAAUUUGUAUAAAUAUAAUGUAACAUUCCAAAUAGAGAGGGAUAUAUAUUUAUUAAUAUUGUGCUAGUGGUAAUAUACAGGCUCUAAAUGCCUUUGUAACCCUUAUUGAAAAUGCAGUUUGUGUUAACUCUUAACAUGUGUGUGUACAUGUCUUAACAUGUGUGAGUAGAUGUAAGUAAAAUGCAUCAAAACCUAAAGACAAAAGUACACACACACAAAACCCCGGUCAAAUCCCUAUUCAUUUACCAGGUCAUUAUAUUUAGCAAAAUCUUCUGGGGGGGAAAUACCCCACAAGUAUGCAUAUAUAUUACAAUUACCCAUUGUUAAAAAAUGAUAUUAAUAAUAUCUGUCAUAUGUUUGCGGUUCGGAUCGGAAUAUCCGUCCCGAGGUGACCCGCCCAUGGGAGGGUGACCGAGGGACGGAUAUUCUGAUUCGAACUGCAAACAUAUGUCAGAUAUUUUUUCUUGCAUAUUCUACCAUAUUCCAUUAUAUUUUAAAUUCUUUAUCUUUAUUUUCAAUGUCAUUACAACCGUAACUACAUUCAUUCAACAGCGUAUGAAUUACAAAAUCAUUCAUAACGGUAAAAUGACAUCAUCUUUAUCGUGCCAUUGCACAGCACGCGACUCAUCUGGAACCCCCCAUGCCAGAUGAAAUUUAUGGCAUGGGUAAAACUAACGGAAACGCCAGUCUGAUAUGCAAGAAAUGGUUAACCUACACAGUGUAUAUAACAGUACCGGCCUGGCAUGUGGCUUGUCUCUUCUUUUAAUGGAAUUAGCUGCACAUAUGUUCACAGUAGAUGGGAUGAUGUGGUACAUGUGUAAAUGUAUAAGCUGAAAAUUCAUUGUCCUUCAUUAUGGAAAAAUAAUUUGGUCAGUCAUAGGUCAGUUCUAUUUAUAGUUCUCGUCGUUUCUCCUCCGUUUUAAACUUUUAAUGAUACACUAAUAGUAUGGGAGCAUCAUUUGUCUCCGAUUAUAUUAUUGUUAAACACAUUCUGAAUGAAAUAAAUUUCAUUUUGUAAUAUUGAAUGUACAUGUAUAUUGUUACAAGAAUUAAAUCAAGGAGGAAUUUGUAUAUUUUAUUUUUGAAACAAAGAUUUUUUUUAAUGUUCAAUGCCUGUUUUCAUUAUCUCGGUUUCAUUUCUAUGGCAUUAGCUUAUUGUUUGUUGAUUGUAUGUGUAAUAUUUUGGUAUGAUUAUUUAUAUCAAUAGAGAUGUCUCAAUUGUAACUAUGUUUUGUAGUCUUGUAUAGUAUAGUUCCGAGUAAAGAACUGUCAUUUCAUGUAUAUAUAUGUACAAUAAAUGUGCAAUUGGUCUAA